UCUUUUUGGACAGAAGACCGAGAAGACACACCACCCUUCACUGUGAGAAGAUGCUUUAACACAAGUGGUCAGUUAAGGUAAGGUAAGGUAAGAGAAGAUGAAAGCAAAGCAAAGCAAAGAAAAGAUGCUCCCACUAAAGCUGGUACGCUCUCUGGUCUUAGGAGAAACCAUCAACAACCCUCCUCCUCUCCUUUCCCACCAUCACCAUCACCAUCACAAAGAUAUCAACACCAGCUACACCCACACCAACAGCGACAAUAAUACAGACACAACAAAAACAAGAGCCAAGACAAAGACGAAGACGAAGACAAAGACCCCACUACUUCUGUUCUUGCCAAAUAAAGAACUUGUUACAGAUACAUACAGGCUAACCAAGAUUGCAAGAGACAUGGGCAUGGACUUAUAUCCAACACCAUCUCUUUCUCACAUUAUUUUCUCAUACCCAUCAUCGUGUACAUCACCAUCGACAUCGACAUCAACUCCAUGUACAUCAUCAGUAUCGUUAUCAUGGACAUCAACAUCAUCUUUGUUGCAUUUACCAAACAAUGCCAUUCCUCUACCAUUCCCUUCACUUUACUCCUCUUCUUUAACCCAUCUUCGCUCAUUUGUUUCACUCUCAAAAGGGUUGUUCAAGCUUGCGUUUAUCAACUCAAAACACACCAAGAAAGUUAUGGGUGGAUAUGAAAGCGACAGUCUUUAUGAUAGCAACUGGGAUUGUUGUUCAUUUUCUUUGUUUUGGAGGUUAACUGGUGAUAGAAUUGAUUCCAUGGAUAAAUUUUCAAGGGCUUUAGCUGGUGUUGGAUGGACUCUUUUCAAGACCAAGGAAAAUAACACACCAAGCGAUGGAAUUGGAGGCAGCAAGAUGGUGUAUUUGUUUAGGAAAGUGGACUCAAAGCCUGUUUAUGUGGUGUCACGAGGAAAUGGCGGGGAGUGUAGGAUAAGGGAAUUGAGGUUGCCUGCUUUGGAUUUUAGAAAUACUCCUUUGAGGAUCUUGCAUUACAUACUUCUCAUGACUGAUGAUAUCUUCUACCUUUCAUAACCGGACAAGGAGGGUGUGUCAUCAGGAGAAGUGUUCCUCGGAAUAAUGGAAGAGAAGAAUGUUGUGGUUCUUGUUGGUAACAAUCAAACAACACAAGGGUAGGGUGUGGGUUGGCAAAUUGUUGAUUCAAGAUAAAAUCAUAAUAUGGAAGGGUUGCCUGAUCCUUUUACGCUACUACUUCCCUGUGUUUCUCAUAUUAAUACUAUUUCUAGUUUUUAUAGACAAUAAUAAAGAAUUAAUCCACAUGAAGAUUGAAAACGACGAGCUUUUUCAUCGAUACCUUUGUAUGCGGAGCCAUGAACUUUGGUGUAGGUUUUAUGUCUACUUGCAGUCUGACUGAUUCAGUGAUUUGC